AUGCUCCUGGCCAAACUCCAUGCUCCUGUCCAAACUCCAUGCUCCUGUCCAAACUCCAUGCUCCUGUCCAAACUCCAUGCUCCUGUCCAAACUCCAUGCUCCUGGCCAAACUCCAUGCUCCUGUCCAAACUCCAUGCUCCUGUCCAAACUCCUUGCUCCUGUCCAAACUCCAUGCUCCUGUCCAAACUCCAUGCUCCUGGCCAAACUCCAUGCUCCUGUCCAAACUCCAUGCUCCUGGCCAAACUCCAUGCUCCUGUCCAAACUCCAUGCUCCUGUCCAAACUCCAUGCUCCUGUCCAAACUCCAUUCUCCUGUCCAAACUCCAUGCUCCUGUCCAAACUCCAUGCUCCUGUCCAAACUCCAUGCUCCUGUCCAAACUCCAUGCUCCUGUCCAAACUCCAUGCUCCUGGCCAAACUCUACGCCACGCCCAUGGACGUUAGUUUCUUCACCGCAAUGAAUCUGCUAUUGUACAAGCAGCCCAGUGUCUUGGUGGGUCGUACUGAUGUGGUGGCAGUCACCCCAUGGUUGGCACCCAUCGUCUGGCAAGGAACCUUUGACCCUGACCUCAUCGACAUAAUCUACAAGUCCAUGAACCUCACCAUAGCAACCACAGUGUUUGCCGUUGGAAAAUACGUCCGCUUUCUCCGAGAUUUCCUGGAGACAGCAGAGAAGCACUUCCUGGUCGACUUCAACGUGCGCUACUAUGUUUUCACUGAUCGUCCCGAUAAUGUUCCAUCAGUGACCAUGUCCCAGGGGAGACAAUUGAGUGUGAUCCAGGUCCCAGGUUCAAACCGCUGGCAGGAGAUAUCAGCCCGGAGGAUGGAGAUCAUCCAGACAGCCAUCGAACGUCAGAUCAGCAGGGAGGCCGACUACAUCUUCUGUCUGGACGUGGACAGCAAGUUCCACGCUCGCUGGGGGGCCGAGUCUCUGGGCAGGCUGGUUGCUGUGAUUCACCCAGAAUUAUACAAUCAGCCCCGGGACCGCUUCUCGUAUGAACGGCGUCCAGCCUCGACAGCCUACAUCCCCAUGGAUGAGGGAGACUACUACUACGCCGGGGCUGUGUUCGGAGGGUUCGUGGAGGAUGUGUACACACUAACAAAGGUAUGUCGGAACCAGCUUGAAGAGGACGCGAGGAAUUCCAUCGAGGCUGCCUGGCAGGAGGAGAGUCACCUCAACAGGUACCUGCUUUACAACAAGCCCAACAAGCUGUUGUCUCCAGAGUACCAGUGGGACGACAAGAAGACCAACGCCAAAGAGGUCAAAGUCAUUCGCUUCUCUUCUGUCAUUAAAAACUAUGCUGAAAUUCGUCCCAAUGUAUAG